AUGUCAACUGCAUUAAUCUUCUUUGUUACUGCUCGAAUUCCAGACAUGAGUGAGACAUCAGCACGAAUAAAUUUUGGAUUUGAACCUAAUUGUGAUAAGAUAGCAUUAGCAGCCGAUUCAUUUCAUCCAACAAUGGUUAUACUAGCAGAUGGACAAUGUCGAGCUAUUGCUCGACCAAUACCUGAUGUAUCACCAACGAUUACAACAUUUGGAGGUGGUUUUAAAGAAGAUAGAAUACGAGCGUUUGAAGCAGUUGCUGCUCGUACAGCGGCGGAUAUUUUCAAUGAUUAG